AUGCUGGACAUGGGAGAUAGGAAAGAGGUGAAAAUGAUUCCCAAGUCCUCGUUCAGCAUCAACAGCCUGGUCCCCGAGGCCGUCCAGAACGACAACCACCACGCGAGCCACGGCCACCACAACAGCCACCACCCCCAGCAUCAUCAUCAUCACCACCACCACCACCACCCGCCGCCGCCCGCGCCCCAGCCGCCGCCACCGCCGCCCCAGCAGCAGCAGCAGCCGCCCCCGGCCCCGCAGCCCCCGCAGGCGCGAGGCGCCCCAGCAGCCGACGACGACAAGGGCCCACAGCCGCUCCUGCUCCCGCCGUCCGCCGCCCUGGACGGGGCCAAGGCUGACGCACUUGGAGCCAAAGGCGAGCCGGGCGGUGGGCCGGCAGAGCUGGCGCCCGUCGGGCAGGACGAGAAGGAGAAGGGCGCGGGCGCCGGGGGGGAGGAGAAGAAAGGGGCGGGCGAGGGCGGCAAGGACGGGGAGGGGGGCAAGGAGGGCGACAAGAAGAACGGCAAGUACGAGAAGCCGCCGUUCAGCUACAACGCGCUCAUCAUGAUGGCCAUCAGGCAGAGUCCCGAGAAGCGCCUGACGCUCAACGGCAUCUACGAGUUCAUCAUGAAGAACUUCCCUUACUACCGCGAGAACAAGCAGGGCUGGCAGAACUCCAUCCGCCACAACCUGUCCCUCAACAAGUGCUUCGUGAAGGUACCGCGCCACUACGACGACCCGGGCAAGGGCAACUACUGGAUGCUCGACCCGUCGAGCGACGACGUGUUCAUCGGCGGCACGACCGGCAAGCUGCGGCGCCGCUCCACCACGUCUCGGGCCAAGCUGGCCUUUAAGCGCGGGGCGCGCCUCACCUCCACCGGCCUCACCUUCAUGGACCGCGCCGGCUCCCUCUACUGGCCCAUGUCGCCCUUCCUGUCCCUGCACCACCCCCGCGCCAGCAGCACUUUGAGUUACAACGGGACCACGUCGGCCUACCCCAGCCACCCCAUGCCCUACAGCUCCGUGUUGACUCAAAACUCGCUGGGCAACAACCACUCCUUCUCCACCGCCAACGGGCUGAGUGUGGACCGGCUGGUCAACGGGGAGAUCCCGUACGCCACGCACCACCUCACGGCCGCCGCGCUCGCAGCCUCGGUGCCCUGCGGCCUGUCGGUGCCCUGCUCCGGGACCUACUCCCUCAACCCCUGCUCUGUCAACCUGCUCGCGGGCCAGACCAGUUACUUUUUCCCCCACGUCCCGCACCCGUCAAUGACUUCGCAGACCAGCACGUCCAUGAGCGCCCGGGCCGCAUCCUCCUCUACGUCGCCGCAGGCCCCCUCGACCCUGCCCUGUGAGUCUUUAAGACCCUCUUUGCCAAGUUUUACGACAGGACUGUCCGGGGGACUGUCUGAUUAUUUCACACAUCAAAAUCAGGGGUCUUCUUCCAACCCUUUAAUACAUUAA